UGGCAGUCCAAACAGGCAGGCAGGAUGCAGACCAGAACAACAGUCAAGUACAGUUCGGGUUUACGGGCGGACAAAACCCAGCUGAAUUCACUUUAAUUCUUUCAUUUUUUUGAGCCCAUAGCCGACCGUCAGUUUGCUCGGUACCGAUUGCAUCCGGAUCCGUUUCAACCAUUGCAAUUUGAAGGAUGGAAUCUCACACACUCCCGAUCCAUAUCCGCCCUCAGCGGCUGCAACCGGGUAUCGGCUUCGGUUCGGGGCCGACCGUCGGCGGGACGCUCCGAUCUUCCUCCGCCUCGUUGUCUCUCCGGCCCGGGGUGACUGUGCCCAUCCCUCCGUUGAUGCCGUCACCACCGUCUCUGGCCGCUUGCUCGGGGCCUCCGCCGCCACCGCCGCCGCUGCAGCUCCACAGCCUGUACGGGGGAGGCGGCGGAACCGGCCUGGGUUUCCCCGCCGCCGGUCACUCUAACCCGGGGAACCCGGCGGUGUUGAAGGAGGCGGUGGAGGCGGUGGUCCGCAGUUUUGCAAAACACACGCAGGGCUACGGUCGAGUGAACGUGGUGGAGGCCUUGCAGGAGUUCUGGCAGAUGAAGCUGAGCCGCGGCGCCGACUUACGCAACGGAGCGCUGGUGGUGUACGAGAUGGUGGCGUCCAGCAGCCCGCCGUACGUCUGCUACGUGAGCCUCCCGGGGGGCAGCUGCUUCGGAAGCUUCCAAUUUUGUCCCACCAAGGCCGAAGCCCGACGUAGCGCCGCGAAGAUCGCCCUGAUGAACUCCGUUUUCAACGAACACCCGUCACGACGCAUCACCAACGACUUCAUCGAAAAGAGCGUCAGCGAGGCCUUGGCAUCUUUCAAUGGAAAUCGGGAGGAAGCCGACAACCCCAAUACGGGAAUCGGGGCGUUCCGCUUCAUGCUGGAAUCCAACAAAGGCAAAUCAAUGCUGGAAUUUCAGGAGUUGAUGACCGUCUUUCAGCUCCUCCACUGGAACGGAAGCCUGAAAGCCAUGAGGGAACGCCAAUGUUCCCGUCAGGAAGUGCUAGCUCACUACUCGCACCGGGCGCUGGACGACGACAUGCGUACGCAAAUGGCGGCCGACUGGGUGAACCGCGAGCAAAGCGUGGCGGGCACCGUCUCCAGGGAGCUGGCGGCCACCGAGCGCGAGUUGGAGGAGGCGCGGCUAGCCGGCCGCGAGCUGCGCUUCUACAAGGAGAAGAAGGACAUCCUGAUGUUAGCCGUGGGUCAGCUGAACGCCGCCAACGCCGCCACGCUUCCCUCGCACUAAACCAACCCUCAGGUAACACUACCUGAGGAUUAUUCCGAAAGCACAUCCAGCCACAAACAAGCUCUUGUCUUGUUACUUUUUGGUGCCUAACAACGUUUACCUUUUUGUCAAAUUGGCCAACCAGCUGGCUGGAGCUGACGUGUCUUGUCUAAAAUAGCUGCAAGUUCACUAAGCCUUUUAUUAUGACUGAAACAGUACACAGAGGAGGCUUGGCAGUAUUAUGCAUGGAAAUGACAUUGUUGUGAUUCUUUUGUAUUAUUUCAGUCGCUCUGAAGGCAGCUCAGGUGUAGCAGUGUGUUUCGGAAUCCCAUCGCGGUAUUGCGGUACAACUAGGACCUUAUUAUGUUUAUGCUACAAAUGUGACAUAAUACAUUUCCCCGCUAAUUUGAGCCUUAUAUCGUCUGCGUGUCAAAAACAACAAAAUAAUUUAAUUCGGCAGCCUCAGUAAGUCGACACGACGAAAUAAUUGGUAGCAUGAGCGCUCAAGUCGUUUCCCUCUUGUGGUGCACAACAUUAGAUUAGGAAGGAUUUAAUUAUCCUUACAACCACUCGGAGGUAUGUUUAAUCCCUACAGUGAUUUUAGUUUGUGCAGAAAGGGUGAAAAUGGCGAACAAUAGACCAUUCACAUGAUGCGAUGCUCACUCUUGAGAACACUGCUCCCAUAUUUAUGCCCGGCCUUGCCUUUCACUUUAUGAUGAUUGUAUUGUCUCAUAUAAAAUACAGUUUGUCUAUGUAAGAAGGAGAUAUGUUACUUAAACCAUUUCUAUCACAUUUCUUUUAAUGCAGCUUUUGUUCUUGUAUUAAAUGCGGGAUAUGAGAAGUCCAGACGCCCCUGGUGGGUCAUGGCUUGUGCUGUGAUGAGACCACAAAAAUGUCAGGAGACCGUCUAACCUUUAUUUAGUAUUAUCUGAGCACGCGCAGAAGUUUGAAUGUGAAUGGUUCAUUCUGAAAGCAGCCACAUCCCAAGAGGGUGUGCACACUUAUGCAGUCACAAUGUCUGUAUUCUUCCCCUUCUCACAAAAGGUACACAUUUAUAGUAGGAAAAUUUGCAAAAUUAUUUACCUGACUAUUUUUUACAUAUCUCAAAGGCGUGUUGACUUUUCUAUAUCCGCUGUAUUUUUUGCCUUUGGUGCAUGGUGUUUCUAAUAUGUUUUAACCGAACAGUAUUGGUUUCUCAAGGAGUUCACAAAGUCAUCGUUGUGUGUAUUUUCUAUGCGAAUUUUUGUAUUCACUGUUUAUACAUUUAGUAGAUUUAUAUAUAAUAAAACGCAAGAGGAUACAUGUUUA